GAGACAGCGGCGGAGAUCGGAGAGGAGGCGCCGAGGGGAGGGAAGGGGAGGCAGCUGGGGGGAGACGUCUCCCACCUCCUCCUUCCCCUCACCGGCACCGCCUCCUCGGCGCUCCCCAGUGCCGGGGUGCCCGGGCGGGGCGGCGCUCCCGCUCCCUGCCGGGGGUCGACGCGGCCGGUGCCUUGCGGAGGGAUUUCCUCAGAUGCCUUUUUCCAUCCUCCAAGUCUCUUUGAAACCAACAAGACUGAGGUUAUGAAGUCAAUCCUAGAUGGCCUUGCAGAUACAACUUUCCGAACAAUUACGACAGAUCUCCUUUACGUGGGCUCCAACGAUAUCCAGUACGAAGACAUGAAAGGUGACAUGGCAUCCAAGCUGGGAUACUAUCCCCAGAAGUUCCCUCUCUCCUCCUUUAGGGGUGAUCCUUUCCAAGAAAAAAUGACUGCAGGAGAUGAUCCCCUGCUAAGCAUUAUUCCCUCAGACCAGAUCAAUAUCACAGAGUUUUACAACAAAUCCUUGUCCACGUUUAAGGAAAAUGAGGAGAACAUACAGUGUGGGGAGAACUUCAUGGAUAUGGAGUGCUUUAUGAUCCUGAACCCCAGCCAGCAGCUGGCUAUUGCCGUGCUGUCACUCACCCUGGGCACCUUCACAGUCCUAGAGAACCUCCUGGUCCUGUGUGUCAUCCUCCACUCCCGAAGCCUGCGGUGUAGGCCCUCUUACCAUUUCAUAGGCAGCCUGGCUGUGGCCGACCUCCUGGGCAGCGUGAUUUUUGUCUACAGUUUUGUUGAUUUCCAUGUUUUCCACCGGAAGGACAGCCCCAACGUCUUCUUGUUCAAGCUGGGUGGAGUUACAGCCUCCUUCACUGCCUCUGUAGGUAGCCUUUUUCUCACGGCAAUAGACCGGUACAUAUCUAUACACAGGCCGCUAGCUUACAAAAGGAUUGUAACCCGACCAAAGGCUGUCGUUGCGUUUUGUGUGAUGUGGACCAUCGCCAUUGUAAUAGCUGUUCUUCCGCUGCUCGGCUGGAACUGCAAAAAGCUCAAUUCUGUGUGUUCAGACAUAUUCCCUCUCAUCGACGAGACAUACCUGAUGUUCUGGAUUGGGGUCACCAGCGUCCUCUUGCUGUUCAUUGUCUAUGCCUAUAUGUACAUACUGUGGAAGGCGCACAGCCAUGCUGUUCGCAUGCUUCAGCGUGGCACGCAGAAAAGCAUAAUCAUUCAGAGUACGGAGGAUGGUAAAGUACAGAUCACUAGACCUGAUCAAACUCGUAUGGACAUCAGGUUAGCCAAAACCUUGGUCCUUAUUCUAGUCGUUUUAAUCAUAUGCUGGGGCCCUCUCCUCGCCAUAAUGGUGUACGAUGUCUUUGGGAAAAUGAACAAGCUCAUCAAGACUGUCUUUGCCUUCUGUAGCAUGCUCUGUCUGCUGAAUUCGACAGUGAAUCCCAUCAUCUACGCUCUGAGGAGCAAGGACUUGCGACAUGCCUUCCGGAGCAUGUUCCCCACCUGCGAAGGGACUGCACAGCCUCUGGAUAACAGCAUGGAGUCUGACUGCCAGCACAAACACGCCAACAACGCAGGAAACGUGCACAGGGCUGCUGAGAGCUGCAUUAAGAGCACAGUUAAGAUUGCCAAAGUGACCAUGUCUGUCUCCACAGACACAACUGCUGAAGCGUUGUAAGUCAGAGACUUCUCAGCGUUGUGAGAAAAGGAGUUAGUUAAAAAAUGAAUUCAACAACAGAGAAUACCAAACCCGUGGCUUAACGUAUUUGUACCUCCCUGUAAUAUCUUCUCAGUUUGUCAUUGUAAGCUAAGCAGUGGUUGUGUUAAGAGCAUUACCAUCAGCCAGUUCUUCGAGUUUUACAAUUAGGGAUUCAUGCUAAAUUCUCAAAAGUGGUUGUUUUUUGUGUUCCCCAACCCCCAACUUCCCCCACAAAGUGUUUACUGGAUAACAGCAAGUUUGCUGCAAGAGCACAUUAAAAAAACACCAAGCUAGCAAAAGUUCCUUUUAGGGGUGUGAAGAAAAAUUGUGAAACCUAACUGAAAACGAAUGCAUCCUAAAUCAAUACCAUUCAAUAAGAAAAAGCCUUGUAAUCAUGCUGUCCAUCUCAAUGUAAAAUGUAUUUCAUGUCUGUAAGUAAUAGGAGUUUUUGAUUUUUUUUCCAGAAGCGGCAGUGCUGAGUUUUAGAAAUUUUGUAAGAUGUGUUGUGUCCUGUGAAUUGUAUGCUGUUUUAUUAUGUGUUAUUGAUAUUUGUCCGAUUAAACAAAGUGAUAAGGUAGAUCUAUGUGGAAAUAACGUGAAAUGUGAUAUGUAAACCCCAUUGAAAACACUUACUGUAUUUGAAGAGUUCCUAUGAGCUAUUUUGGAAAUUUUACACUUCUAGUGGUCUUCUGUGGACUUAGGGGAGAGGCUUCAUGUUCUUUUACUAAAAUUACUUCCCUACUACCUUUUAUUUUCACAUGUGUAUGAGAAUAACAGCAACAAAGGAAUAGAGGAGGAAUAUGAGAGAGGAAUGCACUGGUUCAGACUUUUAAAUACCGCUGCAUUUAUACGGAAGGACGUUUACUGUUGUACAGACUUAUCUCCCUUCUCUUGGGUGUUGUAUGAAUACGAACACUGAAAGCAAAGGUCCCGGAUUUUGGCUCCUUGAGUCACAUGCUGGUGCUGGACCACUGAAGACAGCGUGUGUUCGGCUCCACGUGCGAUGUAAUCACUGUGCUGUCGAUGUAUACUUGAAGUGUGUCGCAUUCCUGUAUCCCAGGUUUAAGCCAAUUCAGAGCCUGAGGUGCCGGACUCCAGCCUUCACUUAAAGAGGAGGGAGUAUUGUCAGUUGUAGGCAUUUUCUUAUUGUGUGAGCGUGUAUAUAAAUAAAUAUCUCUGUGUGUGUACGUGUGUGUGCGUGUGUGUACGUAAGUAUAAUAAGUGUGAGUCAUGGUAGCAUAACUAAGAUAGGACACUAUGACCAAAUGUAAGCUGUAUUUCUUGUUGCACGCUUUGCACACAAAUUCUGUUUCUAAAAUUGAGUUCUUCCAACUGGUCACUGACGAAGGUACCGUAUUACGAACAUACAGGAGUAUCCAUGUGCUAGUGAAAACAACCUUCCAGCUGUGCUUGAGAAUGAAAUGCAGCAAGGCAGAGCUGGGUGUGAACCAGCACUGACCACUGGAGUGGCUGUUGAGGGCAUUCUGGAAGUGGAGGAUGCCAGGAAUAAAGGAGCCUUUCAAUCCUUGCGUAUUCAAAUCUGGUUAUGUGAAACGAGGUGAGCCUUGCUGUGAAACUAGGAUAUGAGGACAAGGUGUGAUUUCAUCAGGAAGGUGAAGUUACUCAUGAAAAUGGAGACCCUGCUCUGUAGUGGGAUUGUGUUUGACACCUGGGAUUUCCACAAGGAGGAUGUUGCUAAUCUUUAAGGCAUGGAUAUUUCCUAACGUUGAAGGUACUGUGUCCUGUUUUCUGCUGCCUUCCUUUUUAGGACUGUUUCCUCAUGCCUCUCCUAGCUGCUUUCUGCCAAAAAAGCUAGUGGCCUAGCUCACUAGCUGCUUGGUGCAUGCCACAGGUGGAGUGAUUCCCUUGGUAACACUGGACCAGCAGAGCUGCUGUCCUGCAGUGGGCUUACAUGGGGAAGUAGAGCAAGGUGGUAGCCUUGGUAGCGCAAAAGGCAAGCUGAGCUUAGCUGGCAGCUCUCUGGUGACAGAGGUGGUUGCAAGUUCAGGGUGUUCAGAUGCUGUGAUGGCACCUGGCAGAGAUCUCCUCAGGAGAGGUACUGGGCGGCAAAAGUUAUGGGGGUAUUCUCUUCCACCUCCCUCCCUGCAGCUGACCUGAGUGGCCCCCUGAGUGGGCCAGGGCAGGUCUUUCUUGUAUCUAUAUGUAGUCCUUUCUAAAGCAAUCCUCUUGGAGAGGAGGGGGGGGAUCCCACUUAAAUGUAAAGGUAUUUUAAGAGCCAUUUUUGAAACUGUCUUCUUGUGAAUUAAAUGCAAACGUUGUGGAGUUUUUGUUGUGCAUUUGAGUUCUAAAUUUUAUGUGAUAAAUCAUGGGACAAUGGGGCUGUCUUGGCACUUAACUUGGUGCUUACUGAUAGAAUAAGAAAUAGCAUCCUGUGAAACAUUACCUUCUAUCAUCAGGAUCUUCAUUUGCAUAAUGAGUUUUUCUAAAGCUCUGGGAACUGUGUCGGUUCACUUAGAACCAUUUACUGAAGAGGUGGCAACCAUUUUCUUACAAGUUGCACAUGGAGUGGGAUGGCCAAUUCAUUAGCAAAACCUGCUGCCGUUCCGAGAUAAGCUGUACUUCAGCUUCAGCUCUAACAGUUCCCCAUUUGCAGCUGACUACCUUCACCUAGCGAUAGCACAGCCAACCUGUGCUCCACGGCCACCCGCACUGUCACCACCCAACCAGCGAUAGUCACCAUUACGUGUACCUGAAAACUCCAAAUGUCGUAUAGCUGUAAGAAGAUCAUUUGUGUUACAUGCGUGCAGAGUUAGAUUCUCAACAGUCUUGAUUGUAUAUUUGUAUAAUAUAAUCUCCGCGACGCUGUGCAAUCGAUAUCCGCGUUUUCUUGCACUGGUCUCUGGAUGAAAAUUGUAGUGUGUCUGUUGCGAGAUAGACAGCGCAUUUUGCCUGCUGUUACUGGGCUGAAUGUAUGUAAAUAAGUGGGAAAUACAAAAGACAUCUGUACAAGCAGUGGCCGAAAAGUCUGUAAUUGUAGAGUAGGGCAAUUGUUGAAGUUGCUGUGACAUCUCAAAUACUACCUUUGAAUAAACUGUUUACAAGGUCUCUUGAGAUGCUGUCUCAUAGUGAAAGGAAAAUAUUUCCCUGUGAUAAUAUAAGGUAAAGAAAGGGGGCUACCUGAGCUUUUUAUUUCCAGUGUUUCCAAGUGGAGAACAUAACUCUUUAUUGUCUGUAAAUCUAACAUUAUUACUUCCUCUUAGAAGAAUAUUGUAUCAUUAGAUGUUUGUUUGAGCUGGUAACAUCCUUGCAACUGCUGCAGUAUUUUUCAUUAUCAACCUGUAUAAUAGUUUGUACACAAGUACUGUUCAGAUUGUCAUGAAAAGUAGCUUUGACCAUUUACCUACCAGUAGCAGAAUAGUAUUUCUGUAAGAUUUCCAGUGUACUACUACCAUAUCAUAUUUUAUUUCUAUAAUGUAAUUAAACUGUUAUUUAUUCAAGGAAAAAAGAAAAAAGAAGCAUUCCUCUACCUUUUUUUUGUUUCCCAAAUUUUGAGGUAAUGAGGAAGCCACGUGAUGAUGCUGCCUCAUCCCACAAUCUGGUGCUCUACGUUUUGUUUAUAAAUUUGUCUGUCAGAUUCUGAAACAACUGCUUAAACAACUUGACGACAGGUUGUCAAGCUUUGUGGCAUUUAAUUGUACGCUGAUAUCUUUGAAGGAGGAGGUAGAUUAUGUGUUUGUGUAUUCAGUACUAUGGAGACGAGAGAAAUGGCAUAGUUAAAACUGAAUCUCCUGCUCCAUUAUGUAGGCAAUUUCCCCUUUCCUCUGUAUUAGCAAAAAAUGCAAUAAAUCUCUUUUGCCUUCGUCAGAUGCAUAUGUUUGCACAUAGAUAGCACAUUAGGAAAAACGCAUACUUAGGAAAGAUAAAACACAAAAGAGCAGAAGAAAGAAAUACAAAUAAAUCAGCGCUGCCAACACUAUCAAUAAUUUAAAGUAGUUUUGGUGGCGUAAAGGCAAGAGGCAAACAAAAAUUGGCCUAGUUUAGGUCAGUGCCACUGGGUAAAGUGCUAUGGGUAUGUACUGGGCACAAUGGAGUGGUCCAACAGCAACACACAAAACCUGUGCAAGAAGAGCAAACUCAGUCGUGCCACUGCCUACAGGGCACACUACCAGGCUCCCACUACUGCCCAUCCACAGCUGAAAAGAUGAGCUGAAAAAAUACUUCUAGUCUCCUUGUGGUCUCACAUGCGCAAUCUGAAGCCCACUGAACACCAUAGAAAGAUCGCUGCUCAUUAAGAGAGUUAGUUUUCACAGAAUGGCUCAGGUUGGAAGGGACCUCAAGGAUCAUGAAGCUCCAACCCCCUCACCACAGGCAGGGCCACCAACCAUUUACUAGACGAGGCUGCCCAGGUUCCCGUCCAACCUGGCCUUGAACACUUCCAGGGAUGAGGCAUCCACAACAUCUCUGGGCAGCCUGUUCCAGCAACUCUCCACUCUCAUAAUAAAGAACUUUUCCAUACAGUUUAAUCUCAGAUUGCCUUCCUUGGGCAAUUUUCCUUCUCCAUGUUCAUAGUUUCAAAUCAGGCAUCUUCAGGGUGUGAAAAGAGCAUGUCCAAUGACCUUGGACUGUGGUUUUGCCACAGUACUUGUCUUUUUAAAAAUCAGAUUAAUACAUCAAAAUAUCCUUGACAAAACAGAAGGAACUAGACAUAAAAAAAUAGAUCUUAAUGUUUAACUGUAUGCUACAUUUUAUGAAGAAGUUGUAACAUUUCUGCUGAAAGCUCUCACUACCAAAACUGCCAGGGAGACAAUUCCUUCUGUACUCACACGUUCAGUGGAAAAUAAGGGCUGUGCUGCCACAGACUGACAGUUCCUCAUGACAGUGACACCUAACUGCAUCUGUAAGUCUCCUCUGAACAACAUGGGAGGAAACGAUGACAACUCUGCAAGCAACUACUUUCCUACACUAAACCAGCUCUGGAAGUGUGUGGGCAAAUAUACUGUCAUCAUUUCAGCCCUACACAGUGACAUCCAUUAUUAUUUCUGCACUUCUGACAGCUUUUUUUAAGAACUCACAAGGUUAUCAUGUACACACAAGGCAAUAGUUUUCAUCAAUAAAAUAUCUAUUUGAUUCACUUAAUAUAUGUAUACAUAUACAUAUAUAUAUAUAUGUCUUCAGUAGAAGUCUGGCUUUGGCUUGAUUUAGAAAUGAAAUUUAAUAUGUUGGUGCAGUUUAGAAAAGAACAGACAAAAAACGUUACUGUGAUUUCUGCCCGUGUGUCCUGUUUUUUCCUUCCCCCUUACAUUGUCUGAUAUGAUGCUACAUUUUGGCUUUGGGAGAAAAACAUUGAUAACACACUGAUGUUUUAGCUGUUGCUGAGCAGUGCUGUACAGAGCCAAGGAUGUUUCAACUUCUUAUACUGUCCUGCCAGUGAGGGAGCUGGGGGGCACAAGGAACUGAGAGGUGGCAGAACCAGGGCAGCUGGGCUGAAGUGGCCAAGUGGAUAAUCCAUAACAUACAACAUCAUGCAAAACAGCUUCUAAAACAGUGGGGAGUUGUCCAGGGUGUAGCCACUUUUCAGGGACUUGCUGGGCACGGGUCAGCAGGUAGUGAGCAACUGUUUUGUGCAUCAUUUGUUUUGUAAAUAUCUAUUAUUAUCAUUACUACUGUUAUUCUCCUUUUGUCUUCCUUUCACCUCUUGGUAAAUAGUUUUUAUCUCAACCCACAUGUUCUACAUUGUUGGUUGUUCUUUUUUUUUUUCCCAGUUCCCACCCAAACCCCACUAUGAGCAGCGAGUGAGCAAAUGACUGAGCUGCCUGCUGGGUUAAGCCACAUCUUGUUUAAGAAAACACGAGGCUUUCCUCUUAUUGAUAGCUUACAACACCUCCUCCUCCAUUCUGCCUUUGUCCAUUGGUUGUUUUAGAUAAUGGAUAUAAAGAGUGUCAACAGUUUUCUUUAAAUAGUAGCACAACGUAUGAAGCGCAUGAUUACCUUUAACAGGUCUCCUUAAUGUGAACAGCCAUCUAAUAUUAAUCUUUAAAAUUCAGUUAGCAGAAAGCAUGAUAACGAGCCUGAGGUAAUCUUAAUGACUAGGUAUAAGAUGCCCUGGUAUUGCUUUCCAAUAAAUCAUCUUUGGUAUUCAGGGCAGCACUCAGUUUCCUGUUAAAGCAUAUUAAGGGGUGGAAUCCUGUCUCAAUUAAGUCACUAAGAAUUUUUUAUUGACUUCAGCAGAAAUGACAGCUUGCCCCAGAUUUUCAAAGCACGAGUCUGCAUUUGUGAAGUGCAGUGUUAUGUUCCACUGUAUUUGCAUUAAAACAAAGGUGAGACGGAAUAAAUAACAGCUUCUAUUA